AUGUCUAAGGAACAUGGACAGAAGGAGACGCAGCAUCUUUCGAUGGGUCACGUGAAUGGGAUGGGACAGCGAGCGAUAGGAAAAAUCGAUCAGCCCAGAGCCAUCAAGUUCGGCCAGACAUUCAGAUUACUGGUGGAUAGUGACAAUAUACGCUUUGACAGUGAACAGUCAUCCAUGUUAGGAGCCUGCCUAAUCGACUCGCUCACAAUCCUCAGCAACCACGAUGUGGAUGUCGACGGCUGGUACAAGAUGAUUGAAACCUGGUACCGGGAGCACAGAGGUCAGUCUCCCCAGGAGGCCAUGCUUUCCUACCUUCAGCUGGCCCAGGAUCUGGAGACUUUCGGCGUGGACUACUUUGAAAUUCGCAACAGACGCGGAACAGACCUACUGCUGGGCAUCGAUGCCAUCGGACUUGCCGUGUAUAAGCCGCCUGACAAGUAA